AUGUGCUUUAAGGUCCUUCCCAACGCAGCCAUUCAGGCACCGUUAAACUCCCUCACACACGCGCUUUUCCCGCGCGCGGCCGCAGCCCUCAGCCAUUCCUCCUCUCCUCCCCCCCCCCCCAUCCCCUCACGCCCGCUGCUUCCCGACAUGCACCGCGGCAUCGCCGCUCCGCGCCGCUCUUCCCGGGCCCCGCGGCCGCCGCUCUCCCCCCCUCCUCCCUCCGCCGCCGCCGCCGCCAUGCGGCACAGCCUCACCCAACUGCUGGCGGCUUCCUCGGGCGGAGCGAGCCCUUCGGGAGCCGCGUGGCCUCUCGCCGGCGCUGGGCAGGCCCCGAGAGGGCGGGAUGGCGGCGGGGAAGGGGAUCCGGGAGCGGCGAGGCCCAAACAACAGCAACAGGAAAAGGAGGCGGUCGAAGGCCCGCCCGAGGUGUGGGAACAAGAGGACUGGUUCCCCGGGCUGGAGCUGGGAGACCUGCUGGAGGCGGCCAGGCCGGAAUGGGACGCGGGAGCGGAGCCGAGCGGCUGUUUCUGCGGAGAAGCGGGGCGGGGCCGCAGGCGGCGGAGCGGCGGGGCCGGCAGCAGGCUGAAGGCGGCGGCGGCGGCGCGGCUGAACCGGCUGAAGAAGAAGCAGUACGUGCUGGGGCUGGAGAGCCGCCUGCAGGGCCUGGCCGCCGAGAACCGGCAGCUGCGGGACCGCAACCGCGGCCUCAACCGCCGCCUGCGGGAGUUGGAGCGGGAGAGCGGCUACCUGCGGGCCGUGCUGGCCAACCAGAGCGCGCUGGGGCAGCUCCUGAGCCGCUUGGCCGGGACGCGGGCCGGCGGGCUGCGCCUGGGCACCAGCCUCUUCAGGGACGGCCGCCGCCAGCACCAACAACAGCAGCAGCACCAACAGCAGCCCAGCCGGGCCGGCGGCGACAGCGGUGACCACGACUACGCGCUGCCCAACGCGCGGCCGCCCGGCCCCGAACAGCCGCCGGGCGCGGAGCCCGAGGAGCGUUGGGCGGCUCCCGGCGGGAUCUGCUUGCACGUGGAGCGGGAUCAGGUGUCGGUGGAGUUCUGCUCCAUCUGCGCUCGGCGAGCGGCCGCCUCCUUCAAAACGUAGGGUCUGCUACCCGCCGCAAGUGCCUCCUCGCGGAGAAGGGGAAGCUGUCGCCUUCGGGUGACGGAAUUCCGAACGACGGGUGAGCGCCUCGACCGAAGGCCGCGUCGAGCCGGCGGCGGUGCGAGCC